AAGAGAAACUGACAAAAGAAUUCCUGAUCUCACUGAAAGAGAACAAGAUCAAAUAUCUACCAAAGAAAAACCCACGUUUCCCCAAAGCCAACUAUUACUGCAUUUUGUGUGAUUUCCACUUGAACAUCGAAGCAGACUGCAGCAAACAUCUGACAGACACAAGGCAUCUACGCAAGAAAAAGCUUCAUGAGGAGGACAUGGUAUUGAGAAGUAUACCUAAGCCCACAGAACGUCAGUUUGCUGCUCUCACUGCUGCGGUGGAGAAAGUGUACACAGAGCAUGGGAUCAGUCCGGAGGAGAAGAAACAACGAGCAGAUGCAGUCUUGCGGUUGGAGAAAGUACUCAAAGAAAAAAUUCCUGAUCUGAUGUUGUACCUGUAUGGAUCUUCACUGACCGGUUUCGGCAUGAAAACAGCAGAUAUCAAUGUGAACUUGACAUCGACCGAUAAGAAUAAAAAGUUGACCACCUUGUUGAAAGAGACCUAUGUAGGCAUCAAGGAUCUGAAUGAUUCUGGCUUCAGCAAUGUGAGACCUGACUUCACAGCAAAAGUCCCUGGUCUCUACUUGACUGACAACAUGACAGGGCUGACACUCAGAAUUGCCAUCCACUGCUAUAAAGCUCACUGCACAUCACAGUUGCUGUCGAUGUAUUCCGAUUUUGACACCAGAGUUAGCAAGUUAGCAGUGGCUUUCCGCUACUGGGCUCAUCUGUGUGGGUUGGAUCGACAUCUUGAUGGAUUCAUGCCUCCUCAAGCUUUCAACCUCAUGGUGAUCUACUUCCUUCAGCAGAUGA